AUGCUUGAGGGCGGCUUCCCGUGCCUGGGAGCCCGGAGCCGUGACCCACGGCAGCCCCUGGGCAGCCCCAGCUUGUUCCAGCGAUGGGUGGCCCCUGGGGGUGGCCCGUGCUUCGCCCCCGAGGUGGGCACAAGGGCAGCAGAGGCUGACCAUGUGGAACCGGCACUCGCCGACGAGGAUGAGAGCCUGGCAAUAGCAGAGCCGGGCAGCAUCAGCAUCGCCGCAGGCGGGACAGACCCCGACUUGUUAACCUGUGGACAGUGUCAGAUGAACUUCCCGCUGGGAGACAUCUUGGUUUUUAUAGAGCACAAGAGAAAACAGUGCAAUGGCACUGUUGGUGCCUGCUAUGAAAAGAGCAUGGAUAAGAGCAGCCCUCCCCCCUCCUCACGCGCCGAGCUCAGGAAAGUGUCAGAGCCAGUGGAAAUCGGGAUCCAAGUCACACCCGAUGAAGAAGACCGUCUUCUCACGCCUACAAAAGGAAUUUGCCCCAAGCAGGAGAACAUUGCAGGGCCGUCCAGGCCUGCAAACCUGCCGGGGGCUCCCAUAGCUGCCUCCUCCCACCCUCACACAUCCGUGAUCACGUCACCUCUCCGCGCACUGGCCUCCCUCCCGCCCUGCCUUAGCCUGCCCUGCUGUGGUGCACGUGCAGUCUCAGUUGGCGGGACUCAGACUGAGAUUCAGACUGAGACGUCAGGCACAUUUGGAUGUCAUUGUCAGUUGUCAGGUAAUAGAAACAUUUUUUUUUGUUGCUAUCUGAAG